AUGCAGUUUUUCAGCGUAUUUGCAUGCCUGGCACUUGCCAUUGCUGCGCUCGCGGCCAAGGAGCCUCCCACUGAGUUGCAAAUCGACACAACUUUCCUACCAGAGGACUGUUCGGUGAAGGCCAAGACGGGAGACAAAGUACAAGUGCACUAUACGGGCACCCUGUUUGCUACGGGUGACAAAUUCGACUCCAGUCUCGACCGCGGACAACCCCUACCAUUGACACUGGGUGUGGGCCAGGUUAUCAAAGGUUGGGACGAGGGUCUUCAAGGCAUGUGUGUUAACGAGAAGCGUACGUUGACGAUCCCCGCCAACAAGGCAUACGGUUCUCGUGGAGCUGGUGGUGUCAUUCCCCCCAACGCAGUUCUCGUCUUCGAUGUUGAAUUAGUUGGCUUGGACAGUGUAGGGAGCAGGGAAGAGUUGUAA